AUGUCUGACAUCAAGCCUAUCACCAUCUACGCCCAUGGCGUCGGGCCCAAUCCUAUCAAAGUACUGAUUGUCCUCGAGGAGCUGGGAAUUCCUUACAAGAAGAUCGAGGUCGACAAUCCCAAGGCCGAGGAGUAUACCAAGAUCAACCCCAAUGGCCGAGUGCCCACUAUCAUCGACCCCAACACUGACCUCACUCUCUGGGAGUCUGGUGCUAUCAUUGAAUACCUCGUCGAGACCUACGACAAGGAGGGCAAGCUGACCGUCAAGGAUGCUAAAGACAAGUGGCACCUCAAGCAGUACUUGCACUUCCAGAUGUCUGGACAGGGCCCUUACUUCGGACAAGCGGUCUGGUUUCACAGGUUCCAUCCCGAGGACGUCCCGUCCGCCAAGACCAGAUACGAGGAGCAGGUCACCCGUGUUCUCGAGGUUCUCGAUAACAUCUUGAAGGACAAGGAAUAUCUUGUUGCUAACAAGCUUACAUAUGCUGAUCUUGCAUUCGUUCCCUGGUCCUCUAUCAUUACAGCGCCCCAGGUCGUCGGCCCCAACUUUAGGGAGAAGUAUGAAGUGGACAAGAAGUACCCUAACUUCAUGGCCUGGCAUGAACGUGUCAGCUCUCGCCCCUCCGUUGCCAGGGCGCGCGGCGAGAAGUAA